AUGUCCUCCUGGGCUCGGAGCCCCAUUGUUGGGUUUUGCGGGAUGCUGUGCGUCUGGGCUGCCUGGCUCUCAGGCUGCGGGGCGGUGUUGUCUCCAAACGGGACCAUAUUUGAGGACCACUGCAAGAAAACCUCGACCUGUGAGGCUCUGAAAUACAACACAUGUCUGGGGUCGCCUCUGCCGUACACACACACUUCUCUGGUCCUGGCCGAGGACUCCAGCACCCAAGAAGAGGCUUUUGAGAAGCUGGCCAUGUGGUCCGGUCUGCGUAACGCUCCUCGCUGCUGGGCGGUCAUCCAGCCGCUGCUCUGUGCCGUCUACAUGCCCAAAUGUGAGAACGGUCGAGUGGAGCUGCCCAGUAAGAGCCUGUGUCUGGCCACACGCCGGCCCUGCAGCAUCGUGGACCAGGAGAGGGGCUGGCCCAGCUUCCUCACCUGUGACAAGUUCCCAGUGGGCUGCUUGAACGAGGUGCAGAAGCUGAAGUUCAACAUGUCGAGCCGCUGUGAAGCCCCCCUGGUGAAGACGGACAUCCAGUCCAGCUGGUACAAGGACGUGGAGGGCUGCGGGAUCCAGUGUGACAACCCCCUGUUCACCGAGGAGGAGCACAACGACAUGCACGCUUACAUCGCAUACUUCGGCACCAUCACCCUCCUCUGCACCUUCUUCACCCUGCUCACGUUUCUUGCCGACUGGAAGAACUCCAACCGUUACCCGGCCGUCAUUCUGUUCUACAUCAACGCCUGCUUCUUUGUGGGCAGUAUCGGCUGGCUGGCCCAGUUCCUGGAUGGAGCGCGGGAAGAGAUCGUGUGCAAGAGCGACAACACCAUGCGCCUCGGGGAGCCCUCGUCUUCAGAGACGCUGUCCUGUGUCACCAUCUUCAUCAUUGUGUACUACUCCCUGAUGUCGGGUGUGAUUUGGUUCGUCAUGCUGACCUAUGCCUGGCACACGUCCUUCAAAGCCCUGGGCACCACCCAGCAGCCGCUGUCCGGCAGAACCUCCUACUUCCACAUGGUCACCUGGUCGGUCCCCUUCAUCCUCACUGUGGCCAUCCUGGCUAUCGCUGAGGUGGAUGGAGACUCGGUGAGUGGGAUCUGUUUUGUAGGCUACAAAAACUACAAAUACCGCGCUGGGUUUGUGCUGGCCCCCAUUGGAGUUGUGCUUGUUGUCGGCGGUUACUUCCUCAUUCGGGGUGUCAUGACUUUGUUUUCCAUUAAGAGUAACCACCCAGGACUGCUGAGUGAGAAAGCUGCCAGCAAAAUCAAUGAGACCAUGCUGAGGCUGGGUAUAUUUGGAUUCCUGGCUUUUGGCUUUGUUUUCAUCACCUUCGGCUGCCACUUCUACGAUUUCUUUAACCAGGCUGAAUGGGAGAGGAGCUUUAGAGAAUAUGUGCUGUGUGAAGCCAACGUGACAAUCGCCUCUCAGACCAACAAGCCCAUCCCAGAAUGCACCAUUAAGAACCGGCCCAGCCUGAUGGUGGAGAAAAUCAACCUGUUCGCCAUGUUUGGGACGGGAAUCGCUAUGAGUACCUGGGUCUGGACCAAGGCCACCAUCCUCAUCUGGAAACGGACCUGGUUCAAGAUCCUCGGCCGCAGUGACGAUGAACCCAAGAGGAUCAAGAAGAGCAAGAUGAUCGCCAAGGCCUUUGCUCUGAGGAAGGAGCUCCACAAGGACCCCGAGAAGGAGCUGUCCUUCAGCAUGCACACCGUGUCCCAUGAAGGACCCGUGGCUGGAAUCAAUUUUGAGCUAAAUGAGCCGUCGAACGACAUGUCAUCAGCUUGGGCGCAGCAUGUGACCAAGAUGGUGGCCAGGCGAGGGGCCAUCCUGCCUCAGGACAUCUCUGUCACUCCCACUGGCACCCCGGUGCCGCCUCCGGACGAGAGGAACCGGCUGUGGAUGGUGGAGGCUGAGAUUUCACCUGAGAUGAUAAAAAGGAAAAAGAAGAAGAAGAAGAGGAGGAAGGAGGUGCGCCCGGCGGAGGAGGCGGUGGACCCCCAGGCCUAUCAGCAGCGUGAGUUUGGGCGCAGCUCCGUGCCUCGCCUGCCCAAACUGCCCUGCCACCCCAGCCUGGUGGCCAACCUGCGGGAGCACCAGAGGAUGGAGGAGGAGGUCCUGCCAGGGUCCUACCCAGACCCCCUGUCCUAUGACGAGAGGUCCCCCUACCAGCCCUACCGGAGCGGUCGGAACAACUAUGGCCGCAGCCUGCUCUCCAACCCUCUGACCUUCGACGACCGCCCGGAGGAUCUGGGUCUCGGCCCGCGCUGCCCCCCCUCAGUCUCCACCUGGCAGCCUAGUGGACCCUCCCGUUACCCCGGAGACAUGGAUCUCACAGACGGGCUGUCGGAGAGGUUGGCCCACGUGGCUCGGGUACCGGGGGGCCGAAGGGUCAGCUACGGACCCAUUCACUCCAGAACCAAUUUAAUGGAGGCGGAGCUUAUGGAUGCUGACUCUGACUUCUGAGAGCUUUGUGGUACACAGACAAGUAAUCUUCACAAAGUGCUGGAUACUUUAAACUCCUUACUAAAGUGCACCUAAUCCCCAGAGGUGGAACUAAGCCGUCAGUUAUUUCUUACUUCAUCUUUCUUUUUAGAAGACAAAGGGAAAAGUGAAAAAAUAUGUUGUGAAUAAGUUAAUGAAAAGAUUAUUUUUUAUACUUUAUGUUUGUCCAAUGAAAUUUCAAAAGCAACUCCGUGAUGACAAGGCGAGUGAGGCAGCUAAACUUUAUGUGGCUUGAAACAUUUCUUUAUUCUGAAACUGGUACCAGACAGCGCUGUCUGUGACCACAUGAACCCGGGCAGGGGGCAACUCGCUGUUGGAUUUACCAGUGAGGACAUUUGGAGAUAAAGGCAUUGGAUAAAACUUUUGAAAGUCUACCCUUUGAUGGUGUUAUAAUCAUUUCUACUGCCCAAGGGAGGGCAGUAAAACCGCACUCAUACAGAAGACCAUACAGGUAAUAAAUGCUACAGGCUACUUGCAAAUACUGUUAACCAAGGUCUUCUUUUGUGUUAUAUUUGUAUUAUCUUAAAUCUUUUCUCUUUCCACCACUAUUUAGCCAUUAAAUGCUUGUGUUCAUGUGCAGUUAACUUGAGGUACUAACAGAUAUCUCCCUUUCCCUACUAAUAUCACUAAAAUGACAUACUCACACAGAAGCCAUGAGUACUGAAAUAAAUGAUUAAAUGUGUAUAAGAUGUUACAUUUAGGGCGCACAGAUUCACAUUGUGAAGAUAAACUUCCUCCAUUGAACUAACAUCUGCAAAGUUACAUGAUUUAGUUUUAAUAAUAAUUUAAAACCAGGCUGAAAAGCAGCCCUAGUGUCAACAGGAACACGACUGUUUAACCAGAUAGCAUACAUUAAGUUACUGAGCUAAAAUAUCAACAUAUUAUUUGCAGAUGCUCUGUUGCCUGGUGCAAUAAACCAACAUUAGCUUAUUUUAUUUACCUGAAUGGAAUGGCUGACUUUUUCUCAAUGAGUCCUUCUUGUAUAUUUCACUUAAAGUGUUAUUUUGUUUCACUACAGUAUUUUUACUUUAGUUAAUCUGUUGUACAUAUUUAAUAUAAACUGGGCUUCACAACUGUUCCACUUUCUUUAGCUCAGUUGAAAAUCUUUCAUGUGAAUUAUUUUAGACUACACAGGGCUUAGAAGACACGUAUUUCUCCUGAAUGCUUCUUUUUUCAGCGUCUCUCUUUCUAAAUGUGUGUUCUGUAAAUAGGCUGUUCAUAGAUUUCGCAAUAAGGGUAUUAUUUGUACAGAUUGAUGUAUCCCAUCACUUGAUUACUCUGCUGAUAUGGUAAAUAAAAAGGGAAGAGUAUGCUAUAAAAAGAUGUCACUGUACUUGCUGUAACCAAAACUUCACUUAGUAUUGUCGUUUUACACUCAAUAUGGAUACAUGAUGCUAAAGUAGACAGUGGUAGCUGGUGCUAAAUAGUUUGUCUAAUGUAAUGUCUAGUUGUUCAUGUGAGAUGUGUAUGAUAGAGAAUUAUUUAUGUCAUCAGUAGAUACCAUACUGCUAUGAAUUAGACGAUAUAGGGAGUUUGGCAACAAAAUGAAGCACAGCUGAUGUCCACCUAAAAAGAGAAAAGAUUGGUAAUGUUUAAAUAAAGAUCAGUUUGGAAAUUAUGUUUUAUGCCUUGAAAGAUUUGGUUUUGGUAAGCUGUCAAGAAGAUGUAGGCCUCGUGUUUAUUCUUGUUUAGUUUCCCAACUCUGUGUAAAAAGGUACUGUCAGUUUGUGCAGCUGUACGUUUCUGUUUUGAUAUGUAAAUAAAAGUAACCCUACACUCA